AUGCGCGUUUUCAAAGAACAAAAAAUUAAAAUACUAUUGUUUGCAGUCAUAGCCAUAGCACUUGCAUUUAUAUUCUCAAUAGUGGCCUAUAACUCAAUGAGAAAGCUAGUUCCAAAGGAUGUAGUCCCAGAAAAGCUUAGUAAAACACUAGAGCUGUUUAGAAGACAAUCAGAAGAACAAGAGAGCCCAGUGUUAAGCCUUAAAGAAGUAAGAAGAAGGCCACUGUCCAUGGAACUAGACUCUUUGGAUGUGGAUGAAAACAAACUAAAUGAAGAAGGCCCUCAGAAAACCUUAAAAGCUGGCAACUUAAGCACAGCAGGGCCUGAAAAAACUGAGCUAUUAGAAACUCUACAGGCAAACCCUUGCCAUAAAGAAGGGAAUGAGUUUUUUGUUUCAAGUAAAGAAAAUAGCGCAGAAUUCAUAUUGUGCAUUCCAAAAGCAUUUAAUUUUACUAUAGACAUAUUUGGAACAGAAGAAAAGUUGCUGGAGGCCAUAGGCUUAUUGGGCGGUGCAGACUUACCAAUUUACUUCACAAAACUAAAUGGCACAGCGAAAGAAGCUAAUGACUGUGAUAGUAGCUGUUUGCAAGAGAAGAAGAUGCAUAUUAUCAGAGUGAGUGCAAAGGCUAAAGACAUAGCAAAAUAUUGGAGACUACUGUGGGAUGAAGAUAUAAUAAUGCUUACUAAGAACACAGGGCCAGAAGAAGAACCCGAGAAUGAGUUACCAUCAGAGAAAAUGCAUGUAGAGCCAUCUGAACCAAUAAAUACAAAAGAAGAAGAGCAGGAAAAGCGAAUGCAAUCAGCAAUGUGCAGUAGCUUCUUUCUGACUAAUGACAGAGUCGAAGAAGAGCGCAAUGCAGCUAGGAAUUUAUUCCAUGAAGGACAUAAUGAAAGAGCCUGUAGAAGCUUUUAUUAA